AUGGAUCAUCCUACUUGGGCUUUGGGUACUAUUUCUCUCGCUGGCGGUAUUGCGGGCUAUGCUAGAAAAGGCUCACUUCCUUCUCUUAUUGCAGGAACCGCGAUUUCCACACUGUAUUUUGGGGCAGGAUACCUUCUCCAUAAUAACCGGGAAUACGGCAUUCAUACGGCAUUGUUGGCUUCUUCCCUCACUUUAUUUGCGGGUAUUAGUCGUGCGUUUAAAUCCAGUAUUAAGAAACCUGUUCCUUUAACUCUGACAACUAUUGGCGCCGUUGCUACUGCAUUCUAUGCUAAGAAGUAUUCCGAAUUUUAUAUGUAA